UAAUUGGUGGCCGGCUGCGCGCGUAAAAAGCGGAAUCUGCCCACGUUUUCGCGUUUUUUCCCCUCUGUCUGCCUCAUGAGUGCAACCACGGGCAGAGACACGGAGCGUGGACUCACGCUGAGCUUUUUCUUUGGUUUUAUUUUUUGAAUUUAACGGAGAAGGAAGGAGUCCAUGAACGGAUCUCGCAGAUGCGCGCAGAGCAGGUGUCACUGAAGGCGUCAUGGAUCGAACCGGAGCAGGAGGAUCCAUUCCCAGCUACUAACUGGAAGCGCUUUCUGUGGUGAGUGAAGAUCAGCCCAUAUUCGAGCCGGCCUUCUCAGCAGCGCCUGCCAUGCACAUGAAGAGCGAGAUGACGUCGCCCGGCGGCUUCAACCAGGCCUCCAGGCCCAGUCCCGAGCCCACCGAGUCGGAAUGGGUGGGGUCUGCGGCACAGAAUCCCGGCAAGAGAUCCGAACACGUCAACGGAACCAGCCGGGGCUCUCCGGUGGACUGCAGCGUCACCAAACGUUCCCGGCACAUGAGCAGCGACGGGGCCCCCCUGCCGUACCAGGCGUCCUACCCGGAGCCUCGGGUCAGCCCCCAGACCGCCACGCCGCCCAGCAACAACCCCGCCGAGGAGAAGAGGGUCAUCGUCCCCGCAGAUCCUGAGGUGUGGAGCCAGGACCACGUCCGGCAGUGGUUGGACUGGGCCAUCAAGGAGUACGUCCUGGAGGAGGUGGACGUCUCGCUCUUCCAGGCGCUGGACGGAAAGGCGCUGUGCAAGAUGACCAAAGACGACAUGAUGCGGCUCACGUCCGCCUACAACGCCGACAUCCUGCUCUCUCACCUCAAUUACCUUCGGCAGAGUAGCCCUACGUUCUCAUACUCCACAACUCCCACCACCAACACACCUCCACCACAACCUCCACCGCCCCGACUUCAAGUAAAAUCAGAAAGCAAUUUUGAUGAGAUCAGCCGCAGGAACAGCUGGCCGACCAACACCAUGACGGCUGCGGUGCCCAAAGGUUCUCCGAUCGAGCACCAACACAACAGCAGAGUAGCGGAUCCUACGCCCAGAAUCAUUCAAGACCCGUAUCAGACGCUAGGGCCCAUCAGCAGCCGGCUGGCCAAUCCAGAAGGCCAAGUCCUCAGCUCCUCCAAGAACCGAACAGGCAAACAAAGUCCGUACAAGCUGCCUGACCCCAGCGCUCACAGGCCUGUGGGCUCCGGUCAGAUCCAGCUGUGGCAGUUCCUGCUGGAGCUCCUGUCCGACAGCAACAACGCCGGCAUCAUCACCUGGGAGGGCACCAACGGCGAGUUCAAGAUGACCGACCCCGACGAGGUGGCCAAGCGCUGGGGCGAACGCAAGAGCAAGCCCAACAUGAACUACGACAAGCUGAGCCGCGCCCUGCGCUACUACUACGACAAGAACAUCAUGACCAAGGUGCACGGCAAGCGCUACGCCUACAAGUUCGACUUCCAGGGCAUCUCGCAGGCGCACCAGAACCACGGCGCGGAGGGCGGCAUCGUUAAGUACCAGACUGAGAUGUCGUACGUCCAGCCGUACCACAGCCACCAGCCCAAAAUGAACUUCAUGGGGGGACAUCCCGGGCCUAUGCCCGUCUCCCCCGGGAAUUUCUUCGGCCCCCCGUCGACGUAUUGGAACUCGGCCAACAGCCCCAUCUACCCCGGAUCGCCCAUGACCCGACAUCCGGCCGCUCACUCUCACCUGAGCUCGUACUACUGAUGAGGGGACAAUCCGGGGCGGAACCGAAGCGCUGAACCCCGUCUGACCAUGAGGCGACGUGACGCUGCGGUCCAUUCUCCCACUAGGCAUUAUCACGCGUUCAGAGCGUUCUGCUCAGAACCAGAACCCGAGAGUUGGACUGAGACCGAACAUUCAGGCGGCGCAGUGUAUGCAUUCAAUUUCCAUUUCCAUUCAGUUUGUAAGUAGUUUUGUUUGAUAGCACCUGUUAUAAACCGUUUUAUGCUUGUUUGUAUCACUUCACUUAAAAGAAAAACAAGUUAUCGCAUUUAAAGAUGACUUUUUGUAAAACAAUCUGUACAGAAUCGUUUUCAUGACACAAUAAAACAUUUAUGCAUUAUCUGUAGCUAAAAAA